GGGUUCAAAUAGGCUAAUGUCCGGGUGGGUAGGGUUGAGGCAGGUUAUGUCGGAAACAGGUGUGCAACUGGUUCUGAUCUUCUGCAAAUAAUCUGCAAAACAGAUGUGAUCUACGUCACAUCCUUGUCGUGACACAUAUUCUGGAGAUCCUCGUUAUCAAGACGAUGAAGACAAAAUUUUAGCGCGACGACGAAGCAAUGUCGUUGCGACAUGCAUACGUGAGCUGUGACGUCGAGGAAGGUUAAGUGAUGAGAUCAAAAAGACGAACAGCCAGCUCGUCAAUCGACUUGUGUCGAGUUAGCGAAAAUAAAUGACAGCAACUUCCAGAAGAUACUUUCGAGGCUGGUCUUCCUGUUCCCUCAAAAUAUGGAUGCAAUCAUGUAAAACUUAGAGGCUUAUAGGAGAAAGAUGACGCAUUUUACAGCUUUGACUCCAGUACGGAAACGAUGUUUGAUCUUGCUGCUGGUAGUUCUGCUGCCGUGCGCUAUUCUGAACCUGCUAACGCCGUCGGACAUGCGCGAGGAAACUGUGCUGCAGAACAGCAUUGCGGAGCUGCAGGCCAAGCUAGAGCAUUUGCGUGCCAAGUACAUCGGCAGCCAGGAGGAGAUAAACCUACUCUCGCAUCAGUUACUUCAGCUGAUCGAGAGCAAUCACAUUCUGCCUGAUCUGCAGCUACUCAUCAACAAUGGCACUUCCAACAUCACCAGCAUCAAGCUGCCCUCGAUCUACAACUUCCUGCCGCACUUUCUUAACGAUCCAAACAGCCUACGUCCGGCGUUUGUGCAGAGCAGAGGUAGAUCAGGGGUUAGCAUGGUGCUGGGGGUGCCAACAGUGAAGCGUGAGGUCCAGUCCUACCUUAUGGCGACCCUAAAGAACCUGUUGGAUCGUAUGAACGCCACAGAGACCGCGGACACGCUGAUCAUCGUUUUAGUAGCUGAAACAGAUCUAGAUUAUGUGACGUACGUUGCAAAGCAAAUUGAAGUGCAAUUUCCCAUCGAAUGCGAAGCUGGCGUGAUCGACGUAAUAUCGCCAUCGGCGUCUUACUAUCCGGACUUAUCGAGAUUGCGCGACACUCUCGGCGACGAUCAUCAACGUGUUGUUUGGCGAUCCAAGCAAAAUCUGGACUUUGCCUUCCUAAUGUCGUACGCGAAGACGAAAGGCACAUUUUACGUACAAUUAGAGGACGAUAUCCUAGCUAAAAAGAACUUUAUAACUACCAUGAAGUCUUUCGCAUUGCAGAAGAUUGGCACAAAAGAAAAUUGGUUUGUUCUCGAUUUCUGUCAGCUCGGCUUUAUCGGAAAACUGUUCAAAUGUGUGGAGUUGCCUUGGCUGAUUCAAUUCUUUUUAAUGUUUCACAAUGAUAAGCCUGUCGAUUGGCUUUUGGACCACUUAAUAUCAACAAAAGUUUGCAGUCUUGACAAAGAUAACAAACAUUGCAAAAUGGCUAAAGCAGAAUUAUGGGUGCAUUACAAACCCUCCCUUUUUCAACACAUAGGAACGCAUUCCUCUUUAAAGGGAAAAGUGCAGAAACUUAAGGACAAACAGUUCGGCAAGAUCACGCUGUUUUAUGCCCACGAGAAUCCCGAAGCGAUCGUGGAGACUCAAAUCAAGCCUUAUAAACAGUACACACUGCAGAAAGCAUACAAGGGCGAGUCGUUCUUUUGGGGCCUGCUACCGCAGCCGGGCGACCAUUUAAGAUUUAAAUUUUCACAUCCUAUUUUUAUAAAGAAGUACUUAUUCAGGAGCGGAAAUCCUGAACACCCGUCUGAUAGGUUUUACAACACAACGGUAGAAGUAUUAACCGAAAUGUCACAAUUAUUAGACAGGAACAGCAACGACGUGACGGAGGAUGGCUAUGUUGUUAUAGGUAAGUUCGAUGUACUUGGCAUUGCCGAAGGGACCGUGGAUCGAAGACUGGGUAAAAUAUCGGUCCUUCGUUUAACUAUACACAGUGAGAGUGAAAAUUGGGCUAUUCUGUCUGAGAUCCACAUAGUAGAGGAUCAUCCUAGCUGACUAAAGGACGAAGAAGCUCGAGCGUUCUUUCGGUACCAUCUGCACGGUUAGUAUAAGUGGCUGGUUUUAUAAAUGUUUACUAUUUUUAUAUAUUUCAUUUCGCUCUCACACUCGUUAUUAUACAUUGAGUAGAUCGAUGCUGCAGUUAUUAAUUUAUACCGUCCAUUUUAAGGAGUUGAGUAUGCUUUAACCGUUUGUGAGUGCGCGAUCGCGCUUCUCCUGUUUCACAAGUGCCAGCGAAACCCACCGAUUCUCAGGAAGUUAAGUUAACCUUUCAGUUGUAUGAGAAAUGAAGAAUGUGCAUUAAACUGUACAGCCGUCUCACAAGAAUUAUAUUGUGAAAUAUUAAGUUGAUCAGUGAGACGAAGGAAGGAAGCAUUUUACUUGGCACUUUUCGCACGCAUUUUUGCAUCCGCCUUUAACACUCAAACGGUUAAAGUAUUAACGACUGAAGCGAAAGCGGUUUUUCCAGAUCGAUCGAACGUUUUGUAUCUUUUUUAAUGACUGUGUUUGCGAAAAUGUAAAAGUCAAGUGACAAUAUAAUGACUUUUCGCUAGUAGUUUUGCGAACAUUGUUUAACGCGAAUGUACAUAAUGGUACAUAAUAGUAUAAUUGCUUAACAUAUUUUUUGCUUUCUGCAAAACUGUAUCUUAGUUGAGAGCAUUUGUUUAACUAGAACUGUACCUGCAUUGUUCGUGUGUUUUGAUUCGCUCUCUUGCUAAUUUUUCACGUAUAAACUCUUCGCACACACAGUUCGUGACUCGCCUUCACGUUUAGACAAAUACGAUCAUUUAAUUCUCCUUGUUAUUGAUAAAGACAUUGAUUAUAUCAAUCUUUAUAAAUCUUUUAUAGUAUGAAGUCUAUAAUGCUAAAGUCUUUAUAUUGUAAGAAAUAAUGUUUGGACCCGGAGGGUCAUAUAUGACACAAAAUUUGACGCUAGGUGAAGAUACGUGUGUGAAUGCAAAUAUAUUAAAAGAGAAGCUAUAUGAGAAUUUUAUCUAUCAGCAGGAGAAAGCGAAUUUUGCGAGACGAGAUAUAUAUUUACGUGAUAUAUGUAUAAUCCACAUAUUUAUGUACAAUCUGUAUACAGUGUAAUUUAUUAUUGUCAAAUGUAUGAUGCGUGAAUGUGAACUCGUAUGUUUGUUAAACGACUGACAAACAAACGCGGUGAUACGAAAAUUAUAUUCUUCUAAUGUAUGUACAAGUAUUUAUUUCAUGUAGCUUUAUAUAUGUUUGUAUAUGUGUAUACAGGGUACACACACGCACGCACGCGCGACUCAUCGUUCUGUAUAUAAAAUUGUUAAGGUGAGAUAAUCAAAGAGUAAAGUCCAACGCACAGUAGAGAAAACAUUAGGAUUAGAAAUAAAUAUCAAAUAUUAGAAAGAGCAAUUUGGAAUAAUUUAUUUCAAACAAGAGAACGAAAUGUAUUAAUUAUUUCCAAUUCUUAAUCUUUGAUUCACAUGAUACGUUAAUACAUUCCAUUUUCUUGUUUUGAAAUGAAAUAUUUCCAAUUUCCUGUUUUUAAUAUUUAAUAUUUAUUUCUAUUCCUAAUAUCUUCAUUGCGUUGGAGAACUGUUGCGAGAUAUUUUUAUAUUUUUUAUUCGGAUAUAUUUUGACAUAAUUCUGUUAAAUCAAGCCAUGUAUAUUCAUCUUGAAUAACAUUACAAUGUUUAUUACGCUGCAUAAUAAUGUGAAAACUUACCACUCCAACAACUUUUGUGAAUCAUUAUUAUAUUCACAAUAGAAUUCAGUUGGAGUUGUUAAACGUAAGUUGUAUUUAUUACAUCUGUCUCCUUCGUGAAAUACAAGGGAAUGGCUAUCGUAGUUAGAACACACCUUGUAUACAUAUACAUACAUACACACAUACAUACACACACCUAUGUACUUCUAUUAUGUACAUAGCAACAAUAAAACUAUAUUUUUCUGACAAAAUGUUACAUAUAUAAGAAAAAUUGAUGCGUUAUGUUAACUCUUUUACUAUCUCUUCUCUUACAAUCUGUACAAAAUUUUUGACUGGAAAUAUAAACAGAGUUGUUUUAUUGUUCA